CCGCGAGGCGGAAGCGCGCCUCGACCGCCGCUCCCCUCGACCCUGCGGCGCGCCGCGCGUCGGGUUCCGGACAGGUCCCGUGUGACGUGGCCGCGCUCCGGGGGCGGCUCCGGGCUGGGGGCCGGGCGGCGGACCGGGCGGGGCAGACCCGGGGCGGGGCGCGGCGCCGCAGCUGGAUGGCUGGGGCCGCCCGGAGCGCCGCCGCCGCCGCUGCCGCACGCACGUGGCAUGCCUGGAUGUCCCUGCCCUGGCUGUGGCAUGGCGGGCCAGAGGCUCCUCUUCUUCACUGCUCUUGUCCUAGAGCUCCUGGGAGGGGCUGCGGGUUCCCAGCAGGCCCUGAGGAGCCGGGGGCCUGCCGCGGCCUGUCGUCUAGACAACAAAGAAAGCGAAUCCUGGGGGGCCCUGCUGAGUGGGGAGAGGCUGGACACCUGGAUCUGCUCCCUCCUGGGCUCACUCAUGGUGGGGCUCAGUGGGGUCUUCCCACUGCUCGUGAUUCCCCUGGAGAUGGGGACUACGCUGCGCUCAGAAGCUGGGGCCAGACGUCUGAAACAGCUGCUCAGCUUUGCCUUGGGGGGACUUUUGGGCAAUGUGUUUCUCCACCUGCUGCCUGAGGCGUGGGCCUACACAUGCAGUGCCAGCCCUGAUCCCAUUCCAAAUGGCCCCCCUUCUGUGGCCCUGGCUUGGCCUGGCCUGUCAGUGCUGCCCCCUGCAGGUGGUGAGGGGCAGAGCCUGCAGCAGCAACAGCAACUGGGACUGUGGGUCAUUGCUGGCUUCCUGACUUUUCUGGCAUUGGAGAAGAUGUUCCUGGACAGCAAGGAGAAGGAGGGGACCAGCCAGGCCCCCAGCAAAGACCCUGCCGCUGCUGCCGCGCUCAAUGGAGGCCGCUAUCUGGCCCAGCCGGCUGCAGAGCCCGGCGUGAGCGCCGUGGUCCGGACCAUCAAAGUCAGUGGCUAUCUCAACCUGCUGGCCAACACCAUAGACAACUUCACUCAUGGGCUGGCUGUAGCUGCCAGCUUCCUUGUGAGCAAGAAGAUUGGGCUCCUGACCACCAUGGCCAUCCUUCUGCACGAGAUCCCCCAUGAGGUGGGCGACUUUGCCAUCCUGCUCCGGGCCGGCUUUGACCGAUGGAGCGCAGCCAAGCUGCAGCUCUCGACGGCACUGGGGGGCCUGCUGGGCGCCUGCUUCGCCAUCUGUACGCAGUCCCCCAAGGGAAGGAGACCGUGGCCUGGAUCCUGCCCUUCACCUCUGGUGGCUUUCUCUAUAUCGCCCUGGUGAACGUGCUGCCGGACCUCUUGGAGGAAGAUGACCCGUGGCGCUCCCUGCAGCAAGUGCUGCUGCUCUGCACAGGCAUCGUGGUGAUGGUGCUGUUCUCGCUUUUCGUGGAUUGACGGUCCCUGAUGCCCCCCACACUGCAAUAAGAGACUCGGAUUCACUCUGUGACCGUGUGUGAGGCAGAGGGCGAGUGCUUGAGAGAGCACACCUCUGACCAGAUGAGAGGAUGGUGUGUGUGUGUGUGUGUGUGUGUGUGCAUGCGUGCGUGUGUGUACAUGUACACGUGUGACCAGUUAUGUGUGAGACCGACACUGUGAUCAUGCGCUGGGCCCAGGGCCCGAUGCCCGCGGCGGCCCCCAGCCACGCCGUGGUCUUCUCUCCUGACCACCCUGUCACCCUGCACUUCUCACAGUGAGCAGUGAGGACGAGCAGCACUGGUCCCAGGUGGAGGCCUCUCCCCACAAGACUGCAGGGGGAGUGAGAGGCUGCUCCCCAGGGAGCUCAGGGGGCCCAAAGCUGUCUCCUUCUGGGGCCUUGGGGUCCCUGACCUCUGCUCGGGCACCAAGCCCUGGGCAGCCGAGGGGCUGAGGCUGGGGCACCUUCUCUCUGCCGUGUCCAUUGUCCCGGCCCUUCCUUUGCCAGCUCUAAGGCCAAAGAAAGGAGAGGCAGGUGCUUGUGUAGCCCCUCACCCCACUCAGCACUGACAGCCCUACCCAGCCCAGGAUGGAGCCUGGCAGAUGCUUUCCAAGACCUUUUCCUCGUGGCUGCCAGCCCUAGGCCGGCUCCCGUUCCCCCCGGUGAACGCUCCCUGGCAGCGCCGGCGGCUUUUGCCACCUCCAGCUGCCAAACAGCAGCCUGCGGGGCAGGGAGCAGCCCUGGGCCAGAGAGGCCUCUGAGGCCAGCUCAGGGAUGCUCACGCCAGCACAGGAUCCAGGCAGAGAUCCUGGGGGCAGGAAGAGUGUGCCACAGCUGCCCCCCAGCUCCAGGCCCCUUUUUCCUGUCCCACGUAGGCUGAGGGGGGAGUUGGGGGUGGUGAGGGCUCCGCGUUGUCAGCACUCAGGAAUGUGCUCUGGGAGAAUGCUGAAGCCAUAAUCCCCAGCUAUUUCCCUUGGCUGACACCCAGGUACUCAGCUGGCCCACUCCACAGCCGGGCUCAGCCCUGCUGCUCAACCGUGGACGUUCUGAGAAGCAGCCGUCAAGAGGGUCUGAAUGGUUUUACAGCAGUUUUGCUGUGGUUCCGUUUCUAUCUGUAAAUAUUCUAUAGAUAAGAUGCAAAUAAAUAAUUAUAUACAAACU